GUUCGAGAGUCGUCCUGUCACUCCUGUGCAUGGUAUCAGUAGUCGUCAACAGACUCCCAGCCGAUGCCAUGCUUCUCCAGCCGUUCACAGUGAAGAGAGGCCUCGUUCUAUUCUCGUUCUGCAGCACACAUGGCAGAACCCUGUGCCACUUCGAGGGCCCAGAGCCUCCAAACACGCUUGACUCACUCAUCGACAUAGCAACUGCGCCAUCGCCGUCGAGUCUCACGUACGCGUAGCCACCACCACGCCUACACAUCAAUGCUUCAACGGUAACACUCGAGAUUAUGCUCAGCCGAAGUGCUGUAGCAAUUCCCACCCGGAGCAGCACCACCAAUAAUGCCGUCAGCCGCAUUCGCCGCGCGUGCCCAACAGGCACGCGACACAUCCAGACAGCCACGGUAACGGAUCGAGACAUCGCCAGACUGGCCGCAAAGCCUUUGCACCCCCUCACCCUCGCCGACUUGUGCAAACAUGGCCGACCACCGCUUAGCGAAGACGCGCUGCUCAACAGUGCAAACUUCACCCUCGAUAUCCUGCCUUCUCGCCUGGCACACCGCAUACAAAGCUUGAGGUCUCUGCCAUACAUCGUCAUCGCCAAUCCGCAUGUAUCCAAGAUACACAGCAAUUACGUGCAUUCCUUGUCGACUUUAUUGCCCUACGCAGAAAGGAGGAUCGAGAGCAUAGAUGAUGAAAUCACUUUCACCGAGGUCAUGGCAGACCUGGUCCAGACUCACCACAAUACCAUUGCUAUUCUGGCAAGAGGCUUUCUCGAGGCCAGGAAGUAUAUUGGCAAGACGGACAUCACGCGUUUCCUGGACGAGCAUUUGCGCGCCCGCAUCGGCACACGUCUGAUCGCAGAACAACACAUCGCCUUGCACUUCAGCAGCCAGCCGCAUGCCGAGCUUUCGUCUGAGCCCGCGCCAGAUUUCAGCGAUUCAUCUUAUAUUGGCCUCAUUGAUACUGCUAUGAAGCCGGCAGACAUUGUUCGCUCGUGCGAGCACACUGUGGGAGAAAUCUGUGAGCUCAAGUACGGCGUCCGGCCAUCGGUCAACAUCAUUGGAAGCCCUGAGACCGCCAUUGCACACAUUCCCAUGCACGUUGAGUAUAUCUUGACAGAGUUGCUCAAAAAUAGCUUCAGAGCCACGAUUGAGGCCAACACUGAGAAGGAGCCCAUCGAGGUUACCAUCGCCCCAGCUCCAGCUCCAGCAUCCGAGCAUCAGACUGCGCAUGCAAAAUCAAAGACGCACACAGAGAUUAGCGAAGUCAAAAGCAUGCCUGGCGGUGUGAUCAGCAACUACCAUCAGGGCAGUGUGGAUCACGCUUCGGGCUCAAAUGGUCCUGAAAGUGCUCAUUCGGCAAACAUCCGACCGCUCGACAAUGCGACUCCUGGCGUAACAAUCAGAAUUCGCGAUCGUGGUGGUGGCAUCAGUCCUGAGAACGAAGCAAAGCUGUGGGAAUAUGGCUUUACGACAUUCAACGAGGAUGAAAUCAUGAACAAGGUGAGCGGAGGCUCAGCAGGGAUGGAUGCGCUCGACACGAUCAGUGGCGGUGCAGCCGGCGGAAGCAGUCUGGCUGGUCUUGGCUAUGGACUGCCGCUCGGUCGAGCGUACGCUGAAUACUUUGGUGGUGGCAUAGCAGUACAGAGUCUGUGGGGAUGGGGAACAGAUGUCUACCUGUCUCUUAGAGGUGUGGGCAAAAUCAAAUGAACUUGAACACGCGACGGAGGGUCAUAUAGCAGGAACAAACAGAUAUUCAGGGCCUC